AAGACUUUUGUCGGUCUUUGUCGUUAUGGCAGAUCCCUGGAUCUCUAACUGCAUGCGGACAGCAUCAUGGCUCAGCUAAGAUGCGAUGGAUGAGAGCCACGGCGGACAUUGAACAGCCUUGGGAUGUUUCAUAUAUUCAAUUCGUUUAUCCAUUUGUUCCUUUACACCUGCCUCCAAUGAUUCUGUCGUAGCAUCCGUCCUGAGAUUAUUGUCUUGGAUAAAAGCUCCUUCCUCAUAACUUGGACAAUGGAGCAGCUGGACCUCGUUGUCGUUGGCGCAGGGUGCUAUGGUCUCGCCGCCGCCAAGCAAUAUCUCAGCCAACACCCCUCCGCUUCUCUCGCCAUCAUUGAGACAUCAUCCUCCCUCGGCGGCGUGUGGGCUACCGAGCGCCUCUAUCCGGGUCUCAAGUCCAAUAACCUUCUAGGUACAUAUGAAUAUGCCGAUUUUCCCAUGACAACGGAGCGAUUCGGUGUGCGGCCGAGAGAGCACGUGCCUGGGAGUGUAAUUCAUGAGUACAUGGAGGCGUACGCUGAGAACUUCGGCAUUGCCAAGUGCUUACGAUUGAACACCAAGGUCAUAGCAGCCGAGCAUCUCCCUGAAGGUGGAUGGGUGCUUGAAGUGAGAGAUUCUGGUGACGAGGCCGGUCAAGUUGUCAAGCUCUCAACGCAAAGGUUGAUUCUGGCCACGGGUCUCACUUCCGACCCGUUUAUGCCACAUAUCCAGGGACAGGAAGACUACGACAGACCUUUAUUCCACAUCAAAGAUCUCCAGAAGCACAAGGAUACACUGGUUCCUGGUAAACGGGUUACUGUAUUCGGAGGCACAAAGACGGCUUGGGAUGCGGUGUAUACAUACGCUACACGAGGUGUACACGUUGAUUGGAUUAUUCGGCCUUCUGGGCAUGGCCCGGCAUGGAUGUCACCGCCUUUUGUCACACCGUUCAAGAAAUGGCUCGAAAAGCUCGUCAAUACUCGUCUGCUUCACUGGUUUGCCCCUUGUAUAUGGGCUCAAGACAGCGGUUACAAUGCCAUCCGGUGGUUCUAUCAUCGCACUCCCAUCGGGCGCGCUAUCACAAACGGUUUCUGGAACACCAUCGCCAACGAUGUUAUCAAUCUCAUGGGCUUCGAGAAACACCCAGAGUGCGCCAAGCUCAAGCCCACCGCGGAAGCCCUUUUCACGGGCACGAGCUUCAGUAUCCUCAACUACGACACCGACUUCUUCGAACCGAUCCGUAACGGCACUGUGAAGAUCUACCAAGCAGAUCUGUCACAUCUGAGCGAGGGAAAGGUCCAUCUUGAUGAUGCUGAGGAGACCGUGCUCGACUCGGAUGCUUUCCUCUGCUUGACGGGCUGGAAGCAGAAGCCUCGACUCAAGUUUCUUCCCGAGGGCAUUGAUCGCAAGAUCGGGCUUUCAUAUGCUCCUACGACCGCCGAUAAACAAUGCGGGCCGGAUGAGUGCCUUGCCGCACAGACUGACCUGAUCGAGAGAGCUGACGCAGAGAUCCAAGUUCGCUUUCCCCGGCUCAAGGUGCCGAUGAAGUUCAACCCAAACUAUGUUCCCCUCACCCAGACCAAGGCAUUCAAGCAGGACCCCAGCACUGAGGCCCAGACAGAGACUACCGGAUCAUCGAGCUUGACAACUUUCAUGCUCUACCAUUUCAUGGUCCCCGGCACCGCAGAAUUCCUUCGCACUAAGGACUUCGCGGUCGCAGGCGGCCUGCAAAAUUUUAGCAACAUCACGACCGCACACAUUCAAGGUCUCUGGAUCAGUGCUUUCUUCGAUGGCAAGCUCGCUCGAGACCCUAGCUCGGCUGUCACGCCCAAUGACGUUGAUUCAGAGAACGUAAAGGGUGAGCAUGCGAAGACGAUGACUCUGGACGAGGUACACUGGCAGACGGUACUACACAACCGCUUUGGUAAGUGGCGGUACCCAAACGAUACCGGGGCGAGACAUCCGGACUUUGUAUUCGAAGCGCUGCAGUAUAUGGAUAUGUUGAUGGUGGAUUUGGGAUUGAAGGUUCACAGAAAGGGAGGAUGGUUCAGGGAGAUAACAGAUCCAUAUGGACCGGAAGAUUAUCGGAAUAUCAAUGAAGAGUUCGAUGCGCUGUUUGAGAAAAAGUAAAGAUACUAGGUACCUUUGUCCUUAGCACUUAGCAUUUGCUAGUUGUUCUACCUAGAGCACAGAGCGGGCGGAGGAGAAAUGCAAGGGUUCUGGAAAGAAAGGUUUGUGACUUGAGGAAUGACCUCUUGCGUCGAUCCUCAAACCAGUCCAACAAACCAUAGACAGUCCCCGUGUAGAAGAGAUUGAAUUCGAAUUCCAACCAUUCCAGACA